AUGAGAUUAACACGUCAAAGAAACCCUCCCACUUCACCGCCUACUAAUGUUAACGACGGUUUUCCAACUUUGCAAUUAUUUAUACUUGCAAUAUGUCGCCUAGCCGAGCCUAUCGCCCUAACCUCCAUAUUCCCAUAUUCAUGGGCUAUGGUCAGGGAUUUCAAAAUAGGUGACAAGAGCAAUGCCUCUUUCUACGCCGGAUUUCUCAUUUCCGCUUUCUCCCUGGCAGAGAGUCUGACUGGAAUGUUCUGGGGUGGUUUCUCAGACAAGGUCGGUCGUAAACCAGUUCUGCUAUUUGGUUGCUUUGGAACCAUGGCUUCGCUACUCAUCGUUGGGUUCGCCUCGAAUUUUUGGGUUGCGUUAUUCGGCAGGAUAGUUGGUGGCAUUUUGAAUGGAAAUAUAGGCGUUAUCCAAACCAUGGUUGGCGAGUUGGUUACGAACCCAGAGCAUGAACCUCGAGCGUACGCUAUAAUGCCCUUCGUUUGGUCUAUAGGAACUAUCAUCGGUCCUGCUAUCGGUGGCACCUUCGCCAAACCUGCUGAGACAUUCCCCUCUGUUUUCCCUAAAUCUGGUUUAUUUGGAACUUUCCCGUACCUUCUACCUAACAUUAUCUGCUCAGUCCUACUUCUGAUCAGUAUCGUUGCUGGGUACGUCUUGUUGCACGAGACUCAUCCGGAUAUCCAGCCUAGGUGUUUUCAAGUAGAUGUCUAUAAUGAACAUCCUGAACCUGCGGCUCCUUUGGCUGCCGUCGCCACCACUGGAUCAUUGGCUUGUGCGAGUGCGGAUCUAAGAGCUAAAUCUUACGGCACCUUCGCCGAUGUCGAUAUGCAGGAAGAUGAAGAGUGGCAUGUGAGGCCAGAUGGAAAGCUGUUACGUCUAUCUGAUUCCGAACAAGUCUUCACAAAACGUGUAAUAAUGCUUGUCAUCGCCUUGGGAAUUUUUACUUACCACUCUAUGACGUACGACCAUUUGCUACCAAUAUUCUUGCAGGACGAUAAAGGUGAUUUGGCCAAAGGGUCAAUGUCUACAUUAUUUUAUAUUCCUGGUGGGUUAGGAAUAUCGACACAGUCUGUUGGUCUGAUUAUGUCUGUAAAUGGGAUUAUCGCUUUGGUGAUUCAAGCCAUCAUAUUUCCUAUUUUUGCAGAAUGGCUCGGUGUUUGGAACGUUUUCGUCUUGGUAACUGUUCUCCACCCGGUCGCCUACUUCAUUGUGCCAUUUCUCGCCUUUCUCCCACAGAACAUGUUAUAUGGCGGAAUUUAUACCUGCCUAACGAUCAGGAAUCUUUUCUCCAUCCUUGCUUACCCAGUCCUACUUAUCCUCAUCAAACAAGCAAGCCCCACGAACUCAGUACUCGGUAAAAUAAACGGACUGACAGCAUCUGCCGGUGCCGCAUGCCGUACCAUUGCCCCUCCCAUUGCCGGAUUCCUAUAUACACUCGGCUCUCGCAUCGAAUUUACGGGAAUUGCCUGGUGGGCAAGUGGUGUAGUUGCUAUUGCUGGAGCAAUUCAACUUUGGUGUAUGCAUCCGAGGAAACACUCUUUGAUAUCUAUUACUGCGGGUGCACCAUGUUUUUAUCGGCAUAAUGAACCCGCCACUCAAGAAGUCGUGUAUGUCAAUGUGGAUCACGGAAGUUGCUGCUGA